AUGGCCUCAAUCCACAAUAUCCUCACAAUAAUCUCCCUAAUCCUCCUCGUAUCGACUCUCGCCGCGUACUGUACUGCCCUGCCCGACCACGCCGGCCGUUUCAAGAGAAUCUACGCGUUCGGAGACUCGUACACGGACACGGGCAACACGAGGACCUCGACGGGCCCCACCGCGUUCAACCACGUCUCGGACCCGCCCUACGGCAUCACCUUCUUCCACCGCCCCACCAACCGGUACUCGGACGGGCGCAUCGUGCUCGACUUCGUGGCGGAAGCCCUGUCACUGCCUUUCGUGCCGCCGUAUCGCGACCCGGCUGCCGACCGAUCACACGGGGUCAACUUCGCCGUGGGAGGGGCCACCGCCAUACGGCACGGGUUCUUCGUGAAGAACAACGUGACGUUCAAUCUGGUGCCCCAGUCGCUCCAGACGCAGCUCGUCUGGUUCGACAGGGUUUUGGGGAGCACGGGGUGCAAGGACUACAAGAGCACGCCCACACAGUGUGAGGGUGCUCUUGGAGAUGCCUUGAUUUGGGUAGGAGAGGUUGGGGCGAAUGAUUACACGUGCAGCCUCGGGUCGUCUCUCUCGAGUAAAGUCAUACAGAGCCUUGCCAUACGUAGUGUUGUCGGCUUCUUACAGGCUGUGCUGAACAAGGGGGCAAAAUACAUAGUCGUCCAGGGGCUGCCCUCAACGGGCUGCAUCCCCUACUCCUUCUCCCUCGCCUCGCCCGAAGACCGAGACGAGAUGGGCUGCGUGGCCAGCGUCAACCGCAUAACCACGGCCCACAACGCGGCCCUGCAGGCCCAGCUCCGCUCCCUCAGGGCCCAGCACCCGCAGGCAGUCAUCCUCUACGCCGACUACUACAACUCUCACCUCACCCUCAUCAAGAACGCCACUCGCUACGGCUUCCGGCAGCCGUACCGCGUCUGCUGCGGAUACGGCGGCGGGGACCUCAACUUCGACGUGUUCAACACGUGCGGGUCGAGCGCUUCGACGUCCUGCCCCGACCCCUCCGAGUACGUCAACUGGGACGGCGCACACUUCACCGAGGCAGCGUACAAGGUCAUCACGACGUCGUUUCUGGGUGGGGAGUUCUGCAGACCCUCGUUUCAAUAUCUGCUCAGGAAGAAGGCAGAAAAUUGA